AUGGCUGAGUUAUCCGUUUCUUCCAUGAACGGUUUGAGUGUUAGUUACGGGAGUUCCGUGGACCUGGCUGGAUCGUCGACCGGGCCAAGGAACGGUCGUAGAAAUGGAAGCGCAAUGUCCGUACUCGAAUUGAUUGACAGAGAAAAUGACAAUCGGUUCCUCUUGCGAGAAAACGGGGAUUUAGCGUCCAAUGCGAAAGAUGACGAGAAACGGAACAUUAAACGACGAUCGUUGUCGUUUUGGGGUUCGCUACGAAAUGUGGUUCGGUUCAGAAAUGCGGUGGAUGUCAGAAAAAAGAAAGUUUCCAGACCCAUGGAACGAAGAGAUUCGUUCAUGGAGAGGUUCACGACGCGACAGAGAGACAUACUGCCGACACAAGACGUUAGUAAAGAAGACGAUUCACACGAUCCCCGUGACAUGAAAGAUAUUGGAGCCUCAUCUGACCUUUUUGUGGUGCACCCCGAUGAAAACUUUAAUUUUUAUUGGUCAAUGGUGAUUACUGCUGCUGUUAUUUACAAUUGGUGGGUCAUUAUAGCACGUCAGGCAUGGGAGGACUUACAAGACAACUACACUGCGCUGUGGUUCACAUUGGACUACACCUCGGAUUUUAUUUACUUAGCAGAUAUUGUAGUGCAAUUACGCACAGGUUAUUUGGAGCACGGGAUCUUAGUAAAAGACUCCAAAAAACUUGCAAUACACUAUGUGAAAACUAAAUAUUUUAAAAUCGACGUGUUGUCACUCUUACCAAUGGAUUUGCUUUAUCUGGCGAUCGGUGAUGUGAAGCCAAUGUUGCGAUUUCCGCGAUUUUUGAAAGUCUACCGAUUCAAGCAGCUGUAUUACAUGGUGGAAACUCGCACCGCGCAUCCCAACAUCUGGAGGGUGAUGAACUUGCAGCAUCUGCUAUUUCUGCUUAUUCAUUGGUUUGCAGCUAUUUAUUUUGUUAUUAGUCAGAGUGUGGGAUUCGGCAAUGGUGAGUGGGCUUACCCGGAGCCUAUCGGUGAGUACGGCUCUCUCACCAGGAAGUACUUGUGGUGCGUUUACUGGUCCACAUUGACCAUGACCACAAUCGGAGAUUUACCUUCACCGGAAGCGAAUGGGGAGUACGUUUUUCAAAUCUGUAGUUAUCUAAUUGGUGUGUUUGUAUUCGCCACUAUCGUAGGCCAAGUUGGAACAGUGGUCGAGAAUCGCAAUGCAUCACGGAUGGAGUUCGAAAAGCACCUCGACAACACUAAACAGUACAUGCGUACACAUAAUGUGCCAGAAGAAGUGCAGAGGCGAAUACAGCGAUGGUACGAUUACACGUGGGCCAGAGGUCACCUCACCGGUGGGGGCGAUAUAAGCAAUCUCAGUUUAUUGCCUGACAAGAUGAAAACAGAACUGGCACUACACGUCAAUCUGGAUACACUGAGAAAGGUGACGAUUUUCCAAGAAUGUCCUCCUGAGUUUCUCCAUGAUCUCGUCUUAAAAAUGAAAGCGUUUAUCUUCACACCCGGCGACUUGAUAUGCCGCAAAGGUGAAGUAGCCAGAGAAAUGUUUAUCAUCGCAGACGGCAUCCUGGAGGUCACGGGAGAGGCGGGAGAAGUGUUCACAACUUUGAAAGCCGGUGAUUUCUUCGGAGAAAUAGGAAUGCUUAAUCUUGACAAAGAAAGUGGCGCCAACAAACGCACAGCAGAUGUUCGGUCUAUGGGCUAUUCCGAGCUCUUUACUUUGUCGAAGGAAGACGUUCUCACCGCUAUCAAGGACUUCCCUAAAGCACAGAAAAUUUUAGAGGAAUUUGGUCGCAAGAGGCUGCAGCACGAGAAAUCGAAAAUUAGCAAAGAUCACAGUGGUGAUGCGGAAAGUAGGCCUAUCAUUGGGGUAACUAUCGAGAGGGCGCCCGAAGAUGAAUCUGCGUUCGAAUCAGUGACGACCACCGUGGAACGCAUCAACUCAGCUGAGAUUCACCAAUGGGCAUCCCAGCAAGAGCUUCGAACCACUGGCACUUCGCGAAAUGAGCUGGACGCACCGAUUGUCUUUAGGCAGCGUCUUGGCAGUAAUGACUCAGAUCACAGCUCCACGGCUCGACUGAUCGCUGAACUCUACCCCUCACCAGCUUCCAGUGACGCAGAGAAGAAACAAUCCGAUAUAUUGAAAAAUAAAUUACAAGUACGACGCAGUUCGAGACGAUCUAGACGGGGUAGCUGGAAAUCUGUCUCAGCGAACGAGGAUGAGUUGGAAUGUCAGAUUUCCGAUAUCACAUUAUCUAUGCAAGACGUUCUUCAUAAAAAAUUGAUGAAAUACCACCAAGAAAUUGAACAUCUUAGGAACAAUAUACGAGAUAUGGAAAGCCAGAUGCAACUCAUAGAAACUGAAAAUCAGAAAAAAGAUUGCAGGAUUGAGGAAUUGCAGACGUUAUUGAAGGUAUAUCUGGAACCAAAGCAAUGCGAUUGCAAGGAUGGAUCACCAGGGACCAGAGAUGUGAAUACACAUAUCUCCGCCACAGACGUUCAAGAUUUGCUGCCCUCUGUGUCAGACUAG